AUGGCAUACCAAGGCCGCCGGCGCCAGCGCAUCCUCGAGCGCGACGAGCCGACGGCUCUGCUAGCAUCGUCAACGCAUGAGGACGCCGAUGACGAUGCUACCACUGCCGCCCAUGCCCACACUACCUCCGUACCAGAGCGUCCAAACACACGUCUCCUGCCGCCCGAGACAGAGGGCCCGAGUGCCCCAGAGCCCAGCAUGGCCGACCGUGUCCGAGCCAAGCUCCAGCGCAAAUCCGACGCCAAGCCUACGGCCAGGUCAGUGCCAAUGACGCGGCAAAAGGUCAAGCUCGUGGUCGAGCCCUCCAAGUCGGGCGCGGGCAAAGCGCGGACGCGGCUGCUGAUCAAUACGAUCGGGCGCGGCGUCGACGCAACGAGCUUGCAGCGCGCGCUGACGGCGACGGCCAAGCGGGUCCAGUCGCGCGAACACAGUAAUCGAAACGUGGCAAAACCGCAGCAUGCAUUAACACAAAAAGACUAG